CCCUGCUGCAGUGGGGCUGCAGCCUGGAUGCUGGGUCCUCACCGGCAAGCGGAUUGUUAGUGGAGCGGGGACGGCAGGAUAAUCGGGGCGCCACUUGCUGCUGUCUCCCGAAGAGGUCUGCCCGGCGCGGGCCUUGGCCUUUCGCUCCCAGAGCCCAGCGCCUCCUCCCCGCCCCCCUCCUCCCCUGCAGCAGCGCCGGCUUUUCUGGAAGAAGCUCCAGCUGCCCCCGGCCGCCAGCAGCCCGCUGGGCUCUUUUCGAGGGAGCUACUUGUCAGGCCAGGCACGGCAGCAGCACUCGCACAGUUGAAAGGGCAGGGGCCGGGCCCUGCAUGCGAGCGCCCGGCAGCCCGCGACCCCGCCGCGGCAGUCACCUUCCCAAGGGAGCAGUCACCACCGGCGACCAGAGCCCGCCGCGAUGCUGCAGGCGCUGUGGCAGUUUCUGUACAGCUUUCUCCCCGGGGCCAGGUGCCAAGGCUCCCGAGAGGGGCGCGGUAACGAAGUCCCCGGCACCCCCGCCCCGGCGCGGGGAGAGCCAGGGCCGGGCUUUCUGGGGAAACAGGACGCAAGGGCUGAGGCCACAGAAAAGAGGCCCACCAUCCUGCUGGUGGUCGGACCCGCAGAGCAGUUUCCUAAGAAAAUUGUCCAAGCCGGCGACAAAGACCUGGACGGGCAGCUGGACUUCGAGGAGUUUGUCCACUACCUCCAGGACCACGAGAAGAAGCUCCGGCUGGUGUUCAAGAGUUUGGACAAAAAGAACGAUGGGCGGAUCGACGCACAAGAGAUCAUGCAGUCCCUGCGCGACCUGGGAGUCAAGAUUUCCGAGCAGCAGGCGGAGAAGAUCCUCAGGAGAAUACGGACGGGCCACUUCUGGGGCCCUGUCACCUACAUGGACAAGAACGGCACGAUGACCAUCGACUGGAACGAGUGGCGCGACUACCACCUCCUGCACCCCGUGGAGAACAUCCCCGAGAUCAUCCUGUACUGGAAGCACUCCACGAUCUUCGAUGUGGGCGAGAACCUGACGGUCCCGGAUGAGUUCACGGUGGAGGAGAGGCAGACGGGCAUGUGGUGGAGACACCUCGUGGCCGGCGGCGGGGCGGGGGCCGUGUCCAGGACCUGCACGGCUCCGCUGGACAGACUGAAGGUGCUCAUGCAGGUCCACGCCUCCCGCAGCAACAACAUGUGCAUCGUGGGCGGCUUCACGCAGAUGGUCCGCGAGGGCGGCGCCAAGUCCCUGUGGCGGGGCAACGGCAUCAACGUCCUCAAGAUCGCGCCCGAGUCGGCCAUCAAGUUCAUGGCCUACGAGCAGAUCAAGCGGCUGGUGGGCAGUGACCCGGAGACGCUGCGGAUCCACGAGCGGCUGGUGGCCGGCUCCUUGGCGGGCGCCAUCGCCCAGAGCACCAUCUACCCCAUGGAGGUCCUGAAGACGCGGAUGGCCCUGCGGAAGACGGGCCAGUACUCGGGCAUGCUGGACUGCGCCAGAAAGAUCCUGGCCAAGGAGGGGGUGACGGCCUUCUACAAGGGCUACGUGCCCAACAUGCUGGGCAUCAUCCCCUACGCGGGCAUCGACCUGGCCGUGUACGAGACCCUCAAGAACGCCUGGCUGCAGCGCUACGCCGUCAACAGCGCCGACCCGGGCGUGUUCGUGCUGCUGGCCUGCGGCACCAUGUCCAGCACCUGUGGCCAGCUGGCCAGCUACCCUCUGGCCCUGGUCAGGACGCGGAUGCAGGCCCAAGCCUCCAUCGAGGGCGCCCCCGAGGUGACCAUGAGCAGCCUCUUCAAGCAGAUCCUGCGGACCGAGGGGGCCUUCGGCCUGUACCGGGGGCUGGCCCCCAACUUCAUGAAGGUCAUCCCGGCCGUGAGCAUCAGCUAUGUGGUGUACGAGAACUUGAAGAUCACCCUGGGCGUGCAGUCGCGGUGACGCGCCGGCCCGGAGCAUCGCAUCCCGUGAAUGUGCCAACACUACGCCGACGCGCCGCCAAGGGGUCGCGGGGCCCGGCCCUUGCCUGCGCCCCCACGCUUCCCUCCUGACCGCUGUGCCCCGCCCCGCCCCGCCCCGCGGCUGUUCGGGCAAGGGGGCAGGCUGGCUUCAUGCACCCCCUCAUCUGAGCUUGGCAGCAGAUGGGGACCCGGGUGGGGCGCUGUGGCCGGGUACCCGGCUGCUGGGAGCCGGGACCUCACCCGGGCCUGUCCCAGCACAGACCGGCCCGACCCGGCUCGGGCAGGGGCCAGGGGGGCAGAGGACAGGGCGUGCUGCCCCGUGCCAGGCUUCCUGGCAAGAGAAAGGGGGCGAGGGCCUUAAUUCCAAGGGGCCAGGAAGAGUCUCGUUCUGCAAGUCUGGCCGAGCGCGCGGGCUCUGCGCUGCGGGGGAGGGGAGCGGGCGGCCACGACCACCCUGGGCUCCGGCCCGCCCGGCCCAGGGCCACCUCACAUUCCACCACGCAGCCGACCUCUGCUUGGAGCCUAUUUAUUUCAUAUUUAUUUGAACAGAGUUACGUCCUAUUUUUAUAGAUUUGUUUAAUAGCCUUGUCAUUUUCAAGCUCGUUUUUUAUUCAUAUUUAUGUUUGUGCUUGAUUACGCCUUCCCAGCACCUGUGGGGUGGGGCGAGGAAGGAGACGGGCCAGGGCCUGGCCUGUCCAGAGAAAGGCCUCGGGGUGGCCGUGCACCAGGGCCCGGCAGGAAAGAGGGGGAGGGUCGAGCCAUGGCUGGCGAGGUGGGGCCCUCAGCCUGGGGCACGAGUCUGCAGUUCACCAGGCCUGGGGUGUGCGCCACUGGGUGGGGGUGACGCCAGCCCCCCUCCCUGCUGGCCGCCUGCUGGCCCCGGGCUCCCCACUGAGGCGGGGUGUGAUGCGUGCAAACCCCAACAGAACUGGAAUUUGUGCAAACGGAUGAAGACUUGGAAACGAUCUUGAACAGCUUCAAUAAAGUUUCAAAACUCA